UAAAAUUUUAUGGAAAGAUCCCUAACUUCCUUAAGUAAAGAAAGUCGCUGGUUGUCGCGAAGCGACUACAUCGAAUAAUAAAGAGAAUUAAUUAAAAGCGGAUUUCGUUUGUCAACUUUCCAAACGGGGGAAUAAUCCCCUACUUCGCGGCCCGUCAAGAGUCUUCCCCCAAAUCUCACAGAUCAAGAACAAAAAAACUCAUCCCUUCUUCAACUUCAAGAUCCAAAAUCCAGUUAUAACAAAAUUAGAACCGUAACAAUAAACUGAUUAAUUCCAAAUGUAUUUUUUCCUUCUCAAAUUCGUAACAGCAACAAUGGCUUAUUGAGAUCGAAAAUCCUUGAAAACCCCUUUUUUUUUAGCGUUAGUUGUUUCCUCUGACUUUGAUGAAUCUUUUCGUCGUACAGUAUUGUGCAUUGAAACACUACAUUUCAUCAUCAAGAUAACGGCUUUUGUAUUGGGCGAGAUCAGAGAUGCGGAUUUUCGGCCCACUCGCUGUUUUGUCGGUUUAUCUUUCCUUUUUAGUAUUUGGGGCGUUCUCCAUUGACGAAAGCUUGCGUCAGGCGUUUCCGAUUAUAGAACCAGAUCCUGGCCACACAAAACUCCGACUUUCAAGAGAAGGCUUGAAGGCAAUCGAGAGAAUCACAACCCCUAUAGCAGCAGUUGCCGUUAUUGGCCCUUAUCGUUCUGGAAAAUCAUUUCUACUUAACCAACUACUAUCGCUAUCAUGUGAUGAAGGUUUUGGCGUUGGGCACUUACGUGAUACAAAAACGAAAGGUAUAUGGGUGUGGGGAGCUCCAGUCGAGCUGGAUAUCGAUGGAGUUAAAACUUCUGUCUUCUAUCUUGAUACAGAGGGGUUUGAAAGUGUUGGAAAGUCAAAUGUAUAUGAUGACAGGAUUUUUGCACUGGCAACUGUAAUGAGUUCUGUGCUCGUAUAUAAUCUACCUGAGACGAUACGAGAAGCAGAUAUAUCUCGAUUAUCAUUUGCAGUGGAACUCGCUGAAGAAUUUUACGGGAGAGUAAAGGGGCAAGAUGUGGCUUUCGAACCUGCUAAGUUAUUAUGGCUAAUCCAGCGUGAUUUUCUACAAGGAAAGUCGGUGCAGCAAAUGGUCGACGAAUCUCUCCGACAAGUACCUAAUGCCGAAGGAAACAAGAAUAUCGAUCAGGUGAACCAAAUUCGCGAUUCGUUGGCUAUCAUGGGCGACAACAGCACCGCCUUUAGCUUACCUCAGCCACAUCUCCAACGAACAAAGCUUUGUGAAUUGAAAGAUGAAGAACUCGACCCUAUGUAUGUUAAGAAGAGGGACCAGUUGAAAGCAGUUGUUUCGUCUAUGAUCCGUCCAAAGAUUGUCCAAGGCAAAUCUCUCAAUGGAAAAGAAUUUGUCUCUUUCUUGGAGCAGAUUCUCGAGGCGUUAAAUAAAGGGGAGAUUCCAUCUACGGGCUCCCUUGUGGAGGUUUUCAAUAAAGGUAUUUUAGAGAGAUGUUUGAAACUAUAUAAUGUUCGUAUGGGUAAUGUGGGAUUGCCAAGAUCAGAGGAGUCUCUUCAUCAAGCUCACGAAGAUUCCAAAGCAGCAGCUAUGUUAGCUUUUGACGAGCAACAUUUCGGCCGACACCAUGCGAAGAAAUCAGCCGAGCAGUUGAUUGAAGAAAUUGACAAGGUAUACAAGAACUUUGUUCUUAGUAACGAAUAUCAAUCCUCGAAGCUGUGUGAGUCUUUAUACACGAGAUGCGAGGAAAAAAUGGACCAACUUCAAGUACUCAGGCUUCCGUCUAUGGCUAAAUUUAACGCGGGGUUUCUUCAGUGCAAUCAAAGUUUCGAAAGCGAAUGUGUUGGACCUUCUAAAACCAAUUACGAAAUGCGGAUGAUGAAGAUGUUGGGGAAAUCGAAAUCUCUAUUUAUUAAGGAAUACAACCACAGACUGUUCAAUUGGCUGGUGGCCUUCUCACUUGUGAUGGUGGUGUUGGGUCGUUUUAUCAUAAAAUUUAUAUUGGUGGAGAUUGGAGCUUGGAUACUUUUUAUAUUCUUGGAGACGUACACACGCAUGUUUUGGUCUUCGGAAUCUCUUUAUUACAACCCGGUCUGGCAUGGAAUUGUCGCCACCUGGGAAGCUGUCGUCUACAGCCCUGUUCUUGAUUUAGACAGAUGGGCGAUUCCGCUUGUUAUUAUAGCAGGGAUUUUGUUGCUGUACUGGCGGUGUUACGGGAGGAGGAAAAACGGGUCCCGUUGGAUACUACCUCUGUAUGGCAGCCAGAAAGACGAUCGAAGAUCAGAGUGAAAUAUAAUAUAUAUAUUGAUAUUAUAGUCAAUGCUUUGACCAUCCUAUGAAUCAGCCUCGGGUGCCUUUCAAUUUUUUUUGAUAUACAAAGGCGCGUUUGGUUGAUACAUAUAAUACAAACCGUUUGAACGAUGAAAUGGUGGAGAGACUUGGAAUAUAUAAGAUAGAAUCUGCUGCUGUUGCUGUUGUAACAAUUUACAGGGGAAUUGUAUAUUAGUUUUCUGUCAAUUUCAAACAGGUAGAAUUAUGUUAUAUUAUUAUUAUUCUUUCAAUUUAGGAUUCUUUUCAAAUUUAUUUUGACUAUUUAAAAUUAA